GUAGUUGCGGAUGCGCAGCUGAGAGAAGAUUGAUUAGAAAAUAGAUCAGAAUGCUUGCAGCUCGUUGAAGCUGAAUGCAAAUCCAGUGAGACGUGUAAUAAUUAUGUAUAAUUACGAGUUGGUUGUAGGAGAGAAGUGUCUCGACAAAAACGGGGCGAGGUUCUUGUUUUUUUUUGUGUUCGUUCGAUUUGUCUUUUUGGAGGCCUUUGAGUAUGAUCUAUUUUCUUGACUGAGAUACAGAGUUCGAAGGAAAAGAAUGAGAAAGGAUCAUCAUUAAUCAGGUCUAGACUUUACUGGUCGAAAUUUACGUUCUACGGAUCUGGUUCUGCAAUGAUGAACAAAUUUUGCUGUAAUGACAUGGGUGAUCGUGUGAAGAUAGUUCAUGAUCGGAGCGAUGAUGUAUAAUUAGGAAAUUUGUUGGACGGUCGGUAAGCGCAAAAAGUAGAGAAAACAUCCUCUGCACUCCCACAUACCAGGGAAAAGCUUCCCCAAGAAAUACCCGAGCGCGACUUCCCCGUAGAAAAUUCUGGUGUUAUUCACAUCAUAUUUUGUUCAAUUUUCAUACAUAUUGGGAAUAGAUAGAGCUUCAUCAACCUCAACCUUGUUUGGAUAUCUGCUUACGAGGUAGCCACUCACAAGAAAAGGCUGUUUUAUGAGAGAAGUUGCUUGAAAAGUUAGAGAUUUUUCAACCGUUUUCAUACACUCAUAAAGUGAGAGAGGUACUAAUCACAGCUUUUUAUGUAUCGCAUUCGACCAGAACUUACAUCUCGCCUACAAUAUUCAACCUAGCUGCGACAUAAUCUAGCGAUGCUAAUGGAAAUUAAAGUACAGAAAACCGAUAUUUUUACCCCUACUUCGUUCUGGACGUGAAAACGGGAAAAUGUAAGUAUCCAAUUUUUUUAUUGUUUGAUAAAUUCAAUUUUUAGUUACACGAAUUUUUAGUUGUGCCUCCACUGCCACCUAUUGUUUGUGCUUUUUUAUCGUGUCGUAAAGAACCUUCUUUAUCGAUAAGAUGUUGCAUCAGCCUGUGGGACAGAAACGCCUGACUAACGUCGCAAUCGUGCGGCUGCGGUCACACGGGUGCAAGUUUGAGAUCGCCUGUUACAAGAAUAAAGUGGGCAACUGGCGCGACGGCCUAGAGCGAGAUAUCGAUGAAGUGCUGACAACCACGCAGGUGUACACCAACGUCUCCCAAGGAGUGUUAGCGAAAAGCGAAGACCUCAGAAAGGCGUUUGGCGCAGACACAAGCGACCUCGACAUUUGCAAGAAAAUUCUUGAGAAAGGCGAGUUUCAGGUAGAUGAAGUGAGACCACGCAUACUGAGUAGAUGUCAAAAAUUGUGCUAUCACAGUACUUUCUCGAUAUGCUCUCUGAUGAGUUUAUUUUAUCUUCAAGUAAACGUAUACCAGACUUUGCUGCUUGAGGACAGUGUUUCAAAUUAUGCUUCAGUAUCGUCUAUGGCAGCUUUUAUCGAGUUACGUUUGCUACUUAGGUUUCUUUGACUUCCUCAUUCGACUUCGUUUUCAGGUUAGCGACAAAGAACGGGCGAACGCGCUGGAAAGUCUUUAUAAGGAGGUGUACACGAUAAUAACCCGACGAUGUGUGAACGUGGAAACACGGAGGCCACUGACAAUCGGGAUGGCAGAGGCGGCCUGUAAGCAGGCGGGCUACGUCAUGAAACCGAAUAUGACUGCCAAAAGACAAGCCCUAAAAGCGAUUGAUCUCAUCGUUACUCAGCUACCGCACCUCGUGGCAAAGGCGCAAAUGCGACUAUGUAUUUCUGUUCUACAUUUAAAUAUUGAAUUACAUUUUCAACAAGUAGAAAAUUAUUUCUUCGCUACAAAAUUGUAGGACUACAAAAAAAAGACGGGUGUGACGUAGUGCCAAUCUGAAUUUUGGAAUUCGAAUUCGUUCAUCGGUUGAAAAAAUUCCUAGGUGCUCGUUGCCUUGGUGCAGAGGCUGGCGACACACAGCGGCUGGUCGAGGAAACAUGUAAGGGCACUGCUGUAAUUGAAUCAGUGAAGCUUGUAGACGGUGGUGUUUAUUCAGAGAUCACGUUUCAAUGCGACCCCUUUUUUUUUCGCGCGCUUGACGCAUCGAGUGUGGAAGUGCGAGUUCUCGACGCCGCAGUAAUUCGGGAGGGUGAUACUAAUCUAGAGGACGAGGAUUUUGAACGACUGGGCUUCGGGUCCGACGACGAGGGCGGCGCGUCCAGGCACGUGGAGAUGCUGUUGGAGGAAAAUCCAUCGAAAGGCGGAAGCAGCGGGGGCCUCCUGACACGAGAUCGGCUUGACAACGCGCGCCCUGGCAACGUCGUCGCGCAUCCGGGAGGCCAACCAACAGGCGUGGCCCAGCUUAGUGGCGCGUCGGCCGGUACUGCGGUUGCGUCGGUCACACCUGGGCGGCCGGCGCAACUUCUUCUAGGCUCCGACCCAGACAUCAAAGGCGGCUCGCCGCUGAGCAGCGACUCGUACAACAUCGUGGGACGGGAUGGAAAUUUGAAUCCCGCGACGCCCAGCUCGGACUGGCUGGUCGUGCCAGAGGACGGUGCUACGCCAGAGGCGAAGAACCUUUUCGGAGCUUCCUUUUUAGACGGCGUCUCUGCACUUUUUGGUGGUGGCGGUUCCAGCGCUUCCAACGCCGCUCCCGCGGACAGCAGUGCGAAUGCUGGGAGCGGUGCGACAGGUAGUUGUACGACAUGUGGGCCGUUUGCGGAUGAGAAUUUGAGGGCGCACAUGAAGAGCGAACGACACCAAGAAAAUGUGAAGAGAAAGUGUGCAGGAAAGCCGGUUUUCACCGAUGCGGAGUUCAAGGAAUACCUCUUGGAUUUGGAGUUCGUGAAUGAGCACAUGGGUGGCAAGGAAAAGAAGGGAAAAAAGAAUCGAAGGUGAAUUUGCCAUUUAUUUUGGUGCUCACCUGUGACCGGAAUCGUGGUUCGGAACACAACAAACUUUUUCGUUUAAGUUUUUUUUUCGAUCCUUGCUUCCUUGCUGUUUGAUCAUCACGAAAGGCACGCAAACAAAAUGUUUGAAAUAAUUUUCCGUCCUACCUUCCCACUGACCCUGGGGAAGAAGCACUAGAAAUAAUAUUGGCC